AUGGGCCGUUCCUUCAAGCUCGACCACAUCCCGGCUACCGAUUCCUCUCGACCUUUACUUUCACCACGAUUGGGACCUUCUUACCCACAAGAUCUCCACGGAUCACACUCUAUGACACCGUUUUCGUCAGACGUAGAAGGUAGAAUGGGAUUCGUGCAGUCAUAUGGUGGCCUAUCUAUCCUGCUCGAGAUCGCCUCGUCGGACGUCUCUACAACCAUAAGCCUGGGCACGAAUGUUCUCAACGUCCGGAUAUCUCUCCCUCCUCGAAUCGCCGCCCAAUUUCUUUUUGAACACACGUAG